GCCGAGGGGAGGCGGGGCCGGGGCCGUGGGGAGGCCGGAGGAGCCGGGCCCGGGCCCGGGCUCGGUGGGCGGCGCCGCAUCGAUCCCUCGGCGCUCGCGGAAGGCGCCGCGCGGCGGCUCCGUCAGCGCCGUUAUGGCGGGGCUCAUCAACUUCGAGGACGAGGAAGAGGUGAGGGAUUACCUCGAGAACCUGCACAUCGAGUACAGCUACCAGUGCUUCAAGGAGAAGGACCCGGACGGCUGCCAGCGCCUCGCCGACUACCUGGACGCCGUGAAGAAGGACUUUGCGGCGGCGGCGCGGGUGCUGCGCGGCAACUGCGAGGAGUACGGGCACAGCGAGAGCUGCUACAAGCUGGGGGCCUACCAGGCCAUCGGCAAAGGUGGACUUGACCCAGAUUUGAAAGCUGCCUACAACUCUUUUAUGAAGUCAUGUGAAAAAGGUGGGAAGAAAUCAGUCAAUGCGUGUCAUAACAUUGGGCUGUUGGCCCAUGAUGGGAGAGUAAAUGAUAAUAAACCUGACCCCAUUGUCGCUAGAGACUAUUACACAAAAGCCUGUGAUGGCAAUUUUGCUCCUAGCUGCUUCAACCUCAGUGUAAUAUACCUCCAGGGGGCAGCCGGGGUCCCUAAGGACAUGAACCAUGCUUUGAAUUACUCGCUGAAAGGGUGUGAGCUGGGUCACAUAUGGGCUUGCGCCAACGCCAGUCGAAUGUACAAACUGGGAGAUGGCAUUGAGAAGAAUGAUGCUAAGGCAGAGGAUUUGAAAAACAGGGCAAAACAGUUGCAUAAAGAACAGAGAGAAGCCCAAAGUUCCUUAGUAUUUGGGGAGUAAAACUGUCAGAUGCAGUUACUAACGCUGCAGUUUUAAAUGUAAAGUGAACUUAUGUAAAUUGUGAGCAUACAGUUUUCAUUUAUAAUAAAUAACCUGUAUUUGCAUAUGCAAAUAAACUUCUAAUUUUGUGGAUGCAACAAA